AUGGCGUCCAGGAUGCAAAGAACAACCAGUUGCCCCACUGGAAACGAUCAGCAACGUAGCCAGCUACAAAGACGAGGUCCGUCUUUAAUGAUUAAACCAUCGUCGGUUAGUAACUGGAACGUGGUCAUCCCUCUCCUCUCUCCGGUUCCUCCUUCCCCAACAUCGUCCUUCGAAUUUCAAUCGCAUGUUCCUCCGCCGCAGAACAAGACUGAGAAACCGGGGGAAGAGGAGGUGAAGAAGACGCCGGUUUUCAAGAAAUGGAAACAUCCAGCGUCGCCAGUCUCAUACGAGCCGACUACGUUUGUCCUACCUUUCAUCUCGGUUUAG